AUGUCUGCGAUCGGAACUCUCGUCUUCUGCACUGACUGCGGCUCUCUUUUGGAGGGUUCAAUUGGUGAUCCAACUAAGAUUCUUGUCUGCGAUGUCUGCGGAGCUAGGAAUAAAGACACCGUUCCCCAGACCAUUGUCUCCGAGUCCAAGCCGAGCGCAUUCCCGUCUGCCUUGAGAGCGAAAAGAUCUGCGGUCCAGACCUUGACGGCGUCAGACAGAAGAACCGAAGCCCUUACUCAACAUACUUGUAUCAAGUGUGGAAGGAAAGAGAUGUACUACACCACCGUACAACUGCGCAGUGCAGAUGAAGGUAGUACGGUGUUUUACACAUGUGUCUGUGGUCACAAGGAAUCGACGAACAACUAA